CUGGAGUGCUCGACAAUCUCUUUUCACAAAACAAGACAAUACAGUGGUGUAAAGCAAUAGAUAUAGUGUAUAUGUUUUAAAGCUCCAGACUUAUGUAAACGAAUAUUAAGUGUCUGUUGAUAAAAAAAGCGAAUGGAAGUACUCUAGAGAGGGAGGUCAGAGUGGCGCUAUGGAGAGAUUCGAAUCACUACAGAAAUACUGUCCCUAUGGAAAUGUCCUGGUUCCCCAAGGACAAGUGGUCUUGAGUCUUCCGGUGUGUUGUAUGCAGUUGGUGUGCUUAUUUGGUAAAAUUGUGGAGAAGUAUCUCUAUCAACCGGGUGAUGCAAACUGCUGUGAGUUUGCUGGCGUCCUUUAUUCAGACGGAGCAACAUUACCAGGGCACUGCACCCCGCUACGUUGCAAAGAAGGCCAAUGGACAACGAGCUGGACCCUUGAUAAAUGCUGUAGUCGCUGUGGUCUUUAUAAUGACCCUCACAUUAUAACCUUUGAUAUCUAUCGGUACGACUGGCAUGGCACCUGCAACUACUCGAUUGCCCAGAGCGAUCUGUCCUACGACCCCCGGACAGGCGUGUUCAGCGAUUUCCAGCCUUGUAACCGCCGCGCCUCUUGCUUGGACACCACCACGUUUCGGGACAAUCCGAACACCAUUAUUACCGUGUCCAGCAAAUACAAUAACACGAUAAUAGUGAAUGGCGAGGAUUUCGUCGUACCUAAAACUGGGAUCGUGCCUGUUAGAACGUCCGGCCCGACAACCCACCCCGUGCUAGUAUGGCAGAGCGACGAUUGCGUCAUUCUGCUGGGCGCUUCCAAAAUCAUGCUUAAGCACUGUCGCUCCUCCAUGCACGUCUGGGCUUACCCUAGCCAUAUGGACAGUCUGGACGGUCUAUGCGGACACUUCAACUUCAAUCCUGGAGAUGACUUCAGGGACAGGAACGGCCAUCAGCACCCUCUCUCAUACCGUCCGUAUGCCUUCCCGUAUUCCUGGAUGACGUAUGAUCAAAGCAACAGGCAAUGCCUCCGAUUAAGACAAACGCCUUGCAUGGACUGCCAAGAAGCAACAAACGACCCAUGUCAUGCAGACCCGGAUGCUCGUGACGAGUACGCUGUCAUGUGCGAAAGAUUUCUAUCUGACGCAGCAGGGGGGCAGGCUGAAGUCCUCGCCCAUCAUAUCGAAACAUGCAUAUUCGACGUGUGUUUGAUGAGCCAAGAAGGAGCUAACUUAACGACGGUCGAAGAAUGGCUUGAGGAACUGCGCCGUAUUCUGAAGAUGAUCGUCGACGUAGAAAAUGGGAGAUUUGGUGGUUGGAAUAUCAAUGUAGAAAAUGAGAUUUUGGGUGGACUCUCCAUAUAG